AUGGGGCCGAGCGGACACAUCCGCGCGUCGGCUCGAGCGCGCGACGACUCGGUCGUGGGCGAGACCACGGCGCGUUUGCUCGAGUUGUGUCGACGAACGAGCGAUGGCGAGGUAAAAGUACACGACGUCGCGCGCGUGGUGGCGCGCGCGAUGUCGGGCGAGGAUGGACGCACGUUACGACCCGAUCCUCGCGCGUUCACGACGUUCGCGUCGAGGCUGACGCGAGCGAAGGCGUACGUCGGUGCGUUGCGCGUGUUCGAGGCGCAAAAGCUCUUGGGGGUGGAGCGAAACGCGGUGAGUUAUAACGCGGCCAUGGUGGCGAACGUGAAGCGAGACGCCCCGUUGGAGGCGUUGAAGUUGUUCGAGGAGAUGGUCGCGAUCGGACACGAGCCGAGCGUGAUCUCGUAUAACGUCGCCAUGGGGGCGUGCGCGCGGGCGGGCGACGGCGCGCGCGCGCUCCGACUCUUCGACGAGCUCGCGAGUAAAGGAUUGACGCCGGACGCGGUGAGCGUGAACACCGCGAUCGCGGCGGCGGAGAUGGUUGGAGACGAUGCUCGAGCGGCGGAAUUGCGAGGUGGGUCUCAUUUUCACUCGAAUCACGGCGGAGACGACGACGGGGCGGCGCCCGCGGAGACGCGCGACGCGGCGGACGCCGACAAACGAGUCGGCGAUAGCGAUAGCGAUAGCGAUAGCGAAGACGGUAGCGAUGACGACGGCGCUGAACCGGAUGUUUUACGACACGGUACCGGUGAUGAGGUCGAGCCAGAGGAUUUGGGAGAGGAAGAAGAAGCCAAACGCGCGGCGGCGAGGAAACGCAAGCGCGAGGCGAAACGACGACUCCUCGCCGAGUACAAGAAGAACACGCAGGCGACCGAGGUCGAGGAAGAGGACGAGGAGAUGGCUAAACGCCGUCGGAAAGAUGCGCGUCGGGCGAAAUUCGAGGAGAAACGCCGCGCUCGGAAAGAGGCGAAACGAGAGAAGAGACCGUGGACCGUCGCCGCGGCGCACGUGAAACGCGCGGAGAAGAGUUCCAAGGCGUCGAAGCGCGCGUCGAUGAAGGCUGAUCCGAGGGUUUGGAUCGAAGACAUUCCCUCCGACGACGACGUCACGUACGACGACGACGGUGAGCGCGUGCUUCCACCGAUCAAGGGUCCGUCAUUUUUGGACGACCCGCGCGCGGCGGCGUUGAUGAACGCGCGCGACGACGCGGAUGACUUUUGGUCCGUCGGGUUUUGA